AAGAAAAAUAUAUAUAAGGGUGAUCAUAAGUUCAUAACAACAUAACAAAUCAUAUACAUUACUCAUCAUCAUUACUACCAUGGCUGAUGAAUCUAAGAACCUUCACAUAGUUAUGUUUCCAUUCCUUGCAUUUGGUCACAUUCUUCCAUUCUACGAGCUUGCAAAACUCAUAGCUCAAAAGGGUCACAAAAUUUCAUUCAUUUCCACACCUAGAAACAUCAAACGCCUCCCUAAACCGCCACUAAAUUUACAACCUUUUUUAGAACUUAUAGAACUUCCUUUGCCCCAAGUAGAAAAUCUCCCUCAAAAUGCAGAAUCAACUAUGGAUAUUCCACACCACAUGGUACCAUAUCUCAAGAAGGCUUUUGAUGGUCUUGAAGAACCUUUGAGGGUUACAGAUGCAUUUCGAAUUCAAGAAUCCAUUCGAGGUGCUGCUGCGAUUUUUAUAAGAAGUUGCAUGGAGGUUGAAGGUGAGUCUAUAAGAUAUCUUGAAAAUCUUUGCAAGAAACCAGUUAUUCCAAUUGGGUUGUUGCCACCACCUUUACCACAAAAUAGUAAUCAAGACAAUAACAAAGAUGAAAAUUGGAACACAAUUCUUAAGUGGUUAGAUGAACAAGAAAAAGAGUCAGUGAUUUAUGUAGCAUUUGGAAGUGAAGUAACACUAAGUGAUGAAGAGUUCAUUGAGAUAAAUAUGGGAUUGCAUCUAUCUGGUUGUCCAUUUUUUUGGGUUCUCAAGAAUAAAAAAAAUAUCCCUAAUGAGUCAAAUAAUAACAAACUUGGAAUUAUAUGGAAUGGUUGGGCACCACAGUUAAAAAUAUUAGCACAUAAGUCUAUUGGAGGGUUUUUGAGUCAUUGUGGUUGGAGUUCCAUAAUAGAGUCUCUUGAAUUUGGUUGUCCACUUAUUUUAUUGCCCUUCCAAGGUGAGCAAGAGUUGAAUUCUAUGGUUGUGGAAGGAAUGAAAGUAGGGGUAAAAGUGGAAAGAAAUGAAGGUGAUGGAAAAUUCACAAGAUAUUCCAUAGCCAAGGCAUUGAGAACUAUGAUGUUCCAAGAGGAAGGAAAGAGUUGUAAAAGGCAUGCAGAGGAGAAGAAGAACAAGAUAUUUGGGAGCAUGGAGAUUCAGCAAAAAUACAUUGAUGACUUUGUUGAUUAUAUGCAAAUUCAUAGACCUAUUAAGAAUAAUUAAUUAAAUAAAGAUCAGCUCUCAUUAAGAGAUUUUUCUAUGCAUGUUAUCCUUCUGUUUGUGUCAUAAAGCAUUAGCUAUUAAGGUGUGAAUUAUGUCAUGCUUUA